AUGGCUAUGAGUUCGCGUCUCCGGCGUGUUGCCAAGGAACUGCAAGACAUACAAAAUGACAGAGACAACUCUGGCGUUAUGGCAUCGGCCAUCAACGAGUCGGACCUCACACAUCUGAGAGGUUCUUUCCCGGGGCCGCCAGGAACUCCAUAUGAGGGUGGCACAUAUGUUGUCGACAUCAUAAUCCCUGACACAUACCCCUUCAAGUCACCUAUAAUGAAGUUCGAGACUAAGAUGUGGCAUCCCAACGUCAGCAGCCAAACCGGAGUAAUUUGUCUCGACACUCUAGGAGCCGGCUGGUCUCCUGUGGGCACCAUAAAGAUGGCUCUCUUGUCUCUCCGCAUGCUUCUCGAAUCGCCCAACCCGCGCGACCCGCAAGACGCCGAAGUCGCCAAAAUGAUGAUGGAGGAUCCCGACUACUUCAAGGUUGUUGCACACGACUGGGCUGUCAGGUACGCGGGCGCUCGCAGGACGCAACCGCCCCCCGACCAAUACGUCAGAAAGACCCCCAUCGUGGCCCAGAAGGUAGCGGAGGAUCCCCGAAGGUACUGCGGAUACAAUAAGGACCUCAUCGACCGUUUUGUGAGCAUGGGAUUCGAGCUCGACAAAGUUGUGGAAGCUUUCCUCUUCGUUGGUAUCGACCGCAAUGGUGGGCGCGACUACGAGCUUGAGGAGGCAUACAUGGGCGACAUCACAGCUAGGCUUUUGGGCGAGCAGUGA